CCUCGGCGGCCGUGCUGUACACAAACCGUUGCUAUGGCUGAGGAAGCCAUUUCCUUUCGGUCUCUGCCUGCAGGGGGCGCUCGGCCCUGUGGUUUCUGGAAAGAAGGUGCCCAGGUGGAAGAAAACCGGUUUUCUUGUUGCGCAUCACACUUUGCACUGGAGGUUAUUUCUGCCCGCUGAUUAGGGCAUAUGGGAAAUGGAUGUGGAUCAGGAUGAUGAUGAAGAGAUUAAAUCCAACUAGGACCGAGGUUUUUCCUAAUCAAAUUCCAAACAUGUGGAAAGGUUCAAAUGAGAGCGAAUAUUGUAUGGUUUCCUUUUUGGAACUUGAAAAUUAACAUUUAGUAAGAUGUGCAUUGUGCCGGAAAACAACCCAAACAAACAUGGUAAUUUUCAAAAAGGAUUUUCAGGGAAAUGUUAAAACUGUGCAGAAUGAAAUUCAUUUGCUUAGGUAAGAGAUGACUCUGUUAUUUCAAAUGCUUUUCACUGUGAUUUCUUCAAAUCGUGAAAUUUCAGGGGUUGCAAAAUAAAUUCAAUUUGAGAUCAUGUAUUUUAAUCCUGUUGGAUGUUUUUAAGUUUCUCCCGUGAAAGAUCCUCCAACUCUUUGGAAAAAUUCUAAUGCAACCCAUUCUGUUCUGGGCAGCGGCAAUCAUUUAAAAGUUCUUCAUGUUGCUCUCCAGUAACUUCUACCCUUAAGGCUGUCCUUGUGAUGGGACAUAUUCAUCAUCCUGGGCCUUGCCAGUAUAGUGUGCAAACCAUAAUCUCAGUUCUCAGUUGGAUUUCAUCCAAGAGCUGAUGAACUGUCAAUCCCUUUUCUAUGCCCAAGUCAAAGCCAGCAGGAACAUGGAGAACCAGAAGCACCUCUCUUUCUGCAGAGGUCUGAUGUAGGACCAGAAUCCCAGAGGGCAGGCAUGCUGGAGGAAAUACUCCUGGUGAAUUAGACCCAUUGCUACUUAACUGUUUUAAAAUUUAUAAACCAAUAUGUUUUACUGCAGUGUUUUUAAACAAUUUUGACAAUGACUCAUGAUAAGAAAUUUAUUUGCAACGUGUGCAUGUAUUUACACACAUUUGUCAUUUGUAUAGACAUGAAAUAAAAGUUUUUACAAAACAAGUAUUUACUUUAAUGGUAUGUGAAGUAGUCAGAUAUUUUUGUUGCUGUUCUGUUCUGUCUCAUUAUAAGACAGUGCUAAUCGCAACUCACUAAAUUGAUAGCAGGGGUUGCCACCUGCAGAUGAAAAGCCUGGGUGUGAUGCUAAGUAUGUAGGCUCUGCAGUUGCCAACUGAGAUUCAAAUCCCCAGUUCACUAUUUAAUAGUUACAUGACUUCAGCAGGUUACUUAAAAUACCAACUUCCUUAUCUGUAAAAUAGUAAUUAUUAAUUCCCCUCUCGAGAGUGUUUUUGAAGAUUAUGUGAGAUAAUCCAUGGCAUACAGUAACUUAGAUCCCUAAGUGUUAUUACAGCUCGUUACUUAAAAUAAAACCUACCUGCUACAGUAGUUGAAAGAUUAAAUGAGGUAAUGUAUGUAAAGUUCUUAGGGUGGUGCCCAGCACUCAUUUAGAACUGUGUAUUUUUUGCUGUUGUUAUUAUUAUCAUCAUAAUUAGCAGCAGUAUCAUUAAAGUGAAACUGUCCAAAUACCCCAUUCCCAUUUCAGCUCAGCAUUUUUUUUUAAAAAUUUUUUUAAUGUUUAUUUUUUUGAGAGAGAGAUAGAGUAUGAGCAGGGGAAGGGCAGAGAGGGAGACACAGAAUCCAAAGCAGGCUCCAGGCUCUGAGCUGUCAGCACAGAGCCCGACGCGGGGCUCAAACUCAUGAACCAUGAGAUCAUGACCUGAGCUGAAGUUGGACACUUAACCAACUGAGCCACCCAGGUGCCCCUCAGCAAGUGUUUCUUAAAGGUCUAAGGCACUACUUAUGUUAGUCCUGAAUAUAUGAUAAUAAAGUAAAAUCUCACAGUCUAGAAAGGAAGACAAAAAUACAUAAUUAAAAUACAUGCCAUGAGAAAGGUAUGGGCACAGUGCCGUUAGAACACAGAUCUGGGAGCUGUUCAUUGAUGUGACUGGGCAGCAGGGAAUGUAAAGGCAGGGAAUGACUUAACUGUUGUUAUCAGGGAGAGAGAGUUUAAAAUGAGCAGCCUUCCUUCUUAGAAAAAACACAGCUCCUUUUCCAUAGACUUGAAAAAUAAAUGUUACAGAAAUGCCUAGAUGGUUACUACUAUCCAAAUUAAGUCUUACUAUGUAUAUACUUCAUAACUUUUUUCUGUGCUACAUUUCAGCCAUGACUACCAAAGAUUAUCCAUCAUUGUGGGGUUUUGGAACAACAAAAACAUUUAAAAUUCCCGUUGAACAUUUGGAUUUCAAGUAUAUUGAAAAAUGUUCAGAUGUUAAACACUUGGAAAAAAUUCUUUGUGUGCUCAGGUCUGGUGAGGAAGGAUAUUAUCCUGAACUUACGGAAUUUUGUGAAAAGCGCCUUAGAGGCUUGGCCCCUGAAAGUAGAGCUUUGAGGAAAGAUAAGCCUGCAGCAACAGCAUCCAGCUUUACAGCAGAAGAAUGGGAAAAAAUUGACGGUGAUAUAAAGAGUUGGGUAUCAGAAAUUAAAAAUGAAGAAAAUAAAAUAUACUUUCAUGAAACUGAAACAUUUCCAGCGAUGGAAGAUAAUUUGCCUCCAGUUCGUGGUUCAAACAGCCGUCUUCAUGUUAGUAAGGAAAAAUAUUCUAAUAGUAGACCAACUAAAAAGAAAAUCCCAAGGGAUUAUGCAGAAUGGGAUAAAUUUGACGUGGAAAAAGAAUGUUCAAAAAUUGACGAAGAUUACAAAGAAAAAGCCGUAGUAAACAACAAGUCACAUUUGUCUAAAAUUGAGACAAGAAUAGACACAGCAGGUCUAACUGAGAAAGAAAAGACUUCCCUUGCUACUCGUGAAAAGGAAAAAGGAAAUGAAGCUUUCAACUCAGGAGAUUAUGAGGAAGCUGUGAUGUAUUAUACUAGGAGUAUAUCAGUGCUUCCCAAUGUAGUGGCCUAUAACAAUCGCGCUCAAGCAGAACUCAAGCUACAGAACUGGAACAGUGCUUUUCAGGAUUGUGAAAAGGUGUUGGAGUUAGAACCUGGAAACUUAAAGGCUCUUCUGCGCCGUGCCACUACAUAUAAACAUCAAAACAAGCUCCAGGAAGCUAUAGAAGAUUUGAAUAAAGUACUGAAUGUUGAACCUGAUAAUGAGUUGGCCAAAAAGACCUUGUUGGAGGUUGAAAGAGAUCUGAAAAAUUCUAAGCCUGCACCUAAGACUGAAACCAAAGGGAAGAGAAUGGUAAUCCAGGAAGUAGAAAACUCAGAGGAUGAAGGUGGAAAGGACAGCAGAAGAAAACAGGAAGACAACAGCAGAGAUAAGAAGGGCGCGGAGCCGGCGGGAGCCAGAAGCGCCGCGGAGCCGUGCGCCAUGGGCAACAUGCAGAAGAAGCUGACCGGCAAGAGCGAGGGCGGCAAGCGGUCGGAGAGGGGCGCGCCGCGGCGGGGUCGGUCGCCAGGGGCCGGCUCGGACAAGCGGGGCCGACCGCGUGCUUCGGCGGCGGCGGCGGAGGGCGGCGCCAGCCGGCACCCUGGCGGCGAGCGGGGCGCGGGAGACCCCACCACCGCGCCCCCUUCCCCCGCCGCCCCUCUCGGCCCCGCCGGCCUGAAGAGCCAGGGCAACGAGCUGUUCAGAAGCGGGCAGUUCCCCGAGGCGACCCUCAAGUACUCGGCGGCGAUCGCGCAGCUGGAGCCUGCAGGAAGUGGAAGCGCAGAUGAUCUAAGUAUCUUAUAUUCAAAUAGAGCAGCGUGUUACCUAAAAGAAGGAAACUGCAGCGGCUGCAUUCAAGAUUGUACCAGGGCUCUGGAACUUCAUCCAUUCUCCAUCAAACCUCUUCUUCGACGAGCAAUGGCCUAUGAAACUUUAGAGCAGUAUCAGAAAGCUUAUGUGGAUUAUAAAACGGUGUUGCAAAUGGACUGCACAAUCCAGCUAGCGAAUGACAGUAUUAACAGGAUAACAAGAAUUUUAAUGAAUCUGGAUGGACCAAGCUGGCGGGAGAAGCUGUCACCCAUUCCUGCUGUGCCCGCUUCCACGCAUUUACGAGCUUGGCAGCCUGCCACAGAGACACCCCCAGACCAAGUGGGAGACUCCUGUAGCCAUUCCCAGCCUGGCAUCACAGAUGAAAAAAUGUUUAAAACCCUUAAAGAAGAAGGAAAUCAAUGUGUAAAGGACAAAAACUAUAAAGAUGCCCUUAGUAAAUACAUUGAAUGCUUAAAGAUUAACAACAAGGAAUGUGCCAUUUAUACAAACAGAGCUCUGUGUUACUUGAAGCUGUGCCAAUUUGAAGAGGCAAAGCAGGAUUGUGAUCGGGCACUUGAGAUAGAUAACAGGAAUGUAAAAGCGUGCUACAGACGAGCUCUGGCUCAUAAAGGACUCAAGGAUUAUCAGAAAAGUUUAAACGAUCUCAAUAAAGUUCUUCUGCUGGAUUCAAGUAUUAUUGAGGCAAAGAUGGAACUGGAAGAGGUAACCAGACUCCUUAAGGAUAAUGCAUCAUUCAACAAAGAAAAAGAGAGAAGGAAAAUUGAAAUUCAAGAGGUGAACGAAGGCCAUGAAGAAGAGCCUGAAAGGACCUCUGAGGAGGUGUCCAGUGACCGUUUUGCCACCAGGAAGGAGGACACAACCAAUGGGCCACCAGCAUACCGUGAAACACUCCCGAUCGCCAGGCCUACCAAUGCCUAUGAAUUUGGUCAGGUCAUAAAUGCCAUCAGCACGAGGAACGAUAAAGAGGCCUGUGCACACCUUUUAGCCGUCACUGAACCGAAAGAUUUGCCAGUGUUGUUGAGUAACAAACUUGAAGGGGAUACAUUCCUCCUCCUCAUUCAGUCUCUGAAAAAUAAUCUUAUUGGGAAAGAUCCUUCUUUGGUGUAUCAGCAUCUUUUAUAUCUAAGUAAAGCAGAAAGGUUCAAGAUGAUGUUGACACUAAUUAGCAAGGGCCAAAAGGAGCAAAUUGAACAGCUCUUUGAUGACCUCUCAGACACACCAAACAAACAUUAUACUUUAGAAGAUGUACAGGCCCUAAGAAGGAAGUAUGAGCUUUAAAUGAAGGCUACUGUUAGAUUUCUUCCAUGCAUGUAUGAGUUCCAGUAGUGCUAAUGGGAUGGUAUUGUAAUAGCGUUGCAUGGAUAAAACCUGCUUUCGAAAAGAUCCUUUGGUUUGGACUGUAAAAUAUUUUAUGUAUUUUUAUAUAGAGAACAUGUAUAUUCUACGAUAUGCUUUUAUUAGUUGUAAAUAUUUUCCUACGUACCAGAGCUAACAUCUUUAUAUUUAAUAAUAAGUAUAUUUGGAACUUGUUCAAGUACAUUUUAAUUUAUAUUCUAAAUUUUCUUUUAAUAACUCGUUAAAAAUUUGAGUUCCAUUCCUUUGGGCCAUAAAGGAUUCCUCUUAAGUUUGAUAGAAGUGUAUUUCUUUAAAAGUGAAAAUCAUUAACAGUGAUUAUUAUAUCCCCUUUAUUUCCUGCUAUGAUAUAUAUAUAAAUACUAUUUUAUACUACUUCUGGAUUACAAUCUGCUAAGGUGAAAUGUAACACUUAAAUCUUACAAUAUGAAAUGAUUAUUAAAUAAUUAACUUAGAGCUAUAAGAGAACUUUUCUCACGUGGAAACAUUGCCUAAUAAAGAACAAAAAUUGGCAAAAAUUUCUACUUACUACUUUUUACUAGAUUUUAAAAUGCGGUUUCCCAAACAACUGUAUAAAAGCAGACUAAGCCUGCAUUGUCCCCUCCACAUUUUCCCCAACGUUUAGAUGUUGUCUUCACCCUUUUUUCCCGCCCCCCCCCUCCCCAAUUUAUUCCCUCAACGGAAAAGUGAAGUCUUAUUAAAAUCUCCUUUGUUAACUGGGUCAAAGUAAAGGUAUUUCUUACAAUAAAACAUUCAGGUCUCUAUCAA